AUGACAGAAAUCAAUCUCUCCUUUCCAAACAUAGAUUCGCGACUGUUUUUAGAAGAUCUGACUAUAAUAUCUAUGGAAAUAUUAGGUAAUAUUUGUGUUGAAAAACUUAUUUUAUCCAAAGGAGAUAUUAAUAUUAUAAAUACCAUAAACGCAGUUGUUCAUAUCAAAUCAGGACAUCUUGUUUUUCCGUGUCUACAAAAGUGUAUUAAACACCUAGAUGUAUCUCAUAAUCGUAUUUCAGGCACAUUUUUUAAGCCAGAACUCUUCCUAAUAGCUUUUAUGGAAAAUCUCGAGUUUGUUGAUUUAUCGGGACAGUAUCUCUUUCAGCGAAGAUAUGAUUAUUCGUUUUCUACAGCUUUUUCGACAUAUGCUGACACACAGCCUUUGCCAGAUAUAAUUUUCUUAAUGCCCAAAAAAUUAAAACAUUUUAACUUGGGUGGAGGUAUCUAUAGAAUAGGUCAACUUCUAAAUAUUACUUUUGAAAAUGCACAUAAUCUAAGAUACCUCAACUUUUCAUUAAAUGGACUCUAUGGUUUUAAUGUAACUUUAAAAGGUCUGCAAAAUCUGAAAACCUUGGAUUUGAGUGGAAAUGAUGUCAGCGUUAUCAUUGAAACAUUUUUUGACACUUUUCCUAAUGUGACACACUUGAGACUGGCUGAUUGUUUUUUGGAUAAUGACUUCAUCUUAACACACGGUAGACGUUUAUUUCAACCCUUAAAGAAACUUGAACAAUUAGAUUUAUCCAGAAAUAAUUUGAUCAAGCUUCCAAAAGAUAUAUUUAAAUCUCUGAAUCAACUGAAAAUUAUAAAUCUGGCAUUUAAUAAACUUUUUUCACACCCAGACUAUCUUAAUACACCGAACCUUCAUAUACUAUACCUUAAUUUCAAUAAUUUUAUUAGCUUUUCAUCUCAAGAAAUACAAAUGUUCAACAAAUUAGAACAGAUGAGAAAAGAUAAAGGCAAUUUAAAACUUUAUAUAUAUGGUAACUCAUUAGCGUGUACAUGUGAAACUUAUAGUUUUAUAUCGUGGAUAACUUUCACUACUAUUGAGUUAGACAGAAAAAACUAUACGUGUAUAGAUCAGAAAGGUGACUUGAUAUUUACCGCUGAUUUCAAAAAUUUAAAUUAUAUUCAAUUGUGUCUGUCAUCUGUAGUAUUGAAUAUUUCUGUUUUUCUAGCAGCUGCUAUCUUAGUGAUAAUGUUUACAGUAUUUGUUGUUGUCAAGAAUAAAUUGGCUGUUAAAAUCUUCAUUCAGAGAUUAUUGGGGAAAUUUGUUUAUCCAAAACGUCGUCAAGAUUUUAAAUUCGAUGCUUACAUUAUCUAUCCUGAAUCUUUGUAUCAAUUAGUUUGUUUUGACAUGGUUGAAAACGUAGAAAAACAAUUUGCUUUGAAAUUCUAUAUUCCACAUCGUGAUCAAUUAUUUGGUCUGUGUAAAGAAGAAGACAUCACAGAAAGUUGUAAAAACAGCUGGAAAUUAGUGUUAAUCUUAACUCAGGAGUUCAUGGAUGAACCAUUGGCUUAUUUCACUCUUUCUUCCUGUUUAACAUCAAUUACAUUAACAACACCAAAUAGACUGAUACUAAUAAUGGAUUCUAAAUUAAACAUUUUACCAAACAUUGAAUUUUUCCUAGGAAGUGUGUCAGAAUCCAAUGUUUUGUAUACUGAUCUUGAUCAGCCUCUUCCCCAUGAGCUCUGGGCCAUAUUAGGUGAAAAUAUUAAUCGUGAUGACCAAAAUUAA